AUGUUUCACUCAGAAAUAUCCGAACCGUUUUUUGUUGCUUUUGUUCUUGCAUCGUCGCUUUUUUCCGGCCAGAUAAACAUAGAUUCUCUACCGAAUUUGCUUGACCUUGUCAAUCCUCUGUGGGAUCGUAAUUUAGAAGUCUAUGAGUUUGUUCGAUCGCGUCUUCUUCGACUCUGGCCACAAUGGAAAUUCGGUUUGCUGCGCUAUCAGGAGUGGGCCGAUGCCGGGGCUGCCGAGGUUAUUACCCGGCUCCGACAUGGGGAUUUGCAGCUUGACAGUUACAGCAAGCAUUUUGAACAACCAAUCUCAUUACAGCACCAGUUUGGACGCCCGAACAUGUUCAAUCGUACUCGACUUAAAGUUGGUGCCAAAACUUUAUUGUUUUUUUGUAUUUCUUCUUAA